AUGGCACUUACGUACCCAAGUAUGUUCUCACUGGAGAACCGAGUGGCAGUUGUCACGGGAGGAACGAGAGGCAUUGGAGCCGCUAUGGCUAUGGCGUUGGCAGAGGCAGGUGCCGAUAUCAUUCUCGUGCAGCGAGAGACAGUCAACACCACCACCAAACGAGCCAUCGAAUCUCUCGGGCGCAAAGCCUCCAUCUACGCUGCCGACCUCUGCUCUCAAGACGACGUCUUGUCUCUGACCCCCCGCAUCCUCGCCGACGGCCAUGAUCCUUCCAUCCUCGUCACCUGCGCCGGUAUCCAACGCCGUCACGCGUCCCAUGAAUUCCCCCUUUCUGACUGGAACGAGGUCCUCCAAGUUAAUUUGACCUCGGUAUUCACGUUGUGUCGGGAUUUGGGCGCGUACAUGCUCACCCGGGAGGGUCCACAGAGGGGGAGUAUUAUCAAUGUGGCUAGCUUGGUGAGCUUUCAGGGCGGAUUGACUGUGCCGGCCUACGCGAGUGCCAAAGGGGGCAUUGCGCAGUUGACGAAAGCACUGAGUAAUGAGUGGGCCAGUAAAGGGGUGAAUGUCAAUGCAAUCGCGCCGGGGUAUGUGAGGACAGAUAUGAAUGAGGCGUUGCUCAAGAAUGAAACGAGGAGUAGGCAGAUAUUGGAGCGGAUUCCGAUGGGGAGGUGGGGGGAGGCAGAGGAUUUUAAGGGGACGGUCAUCUAUUUGGCGAGUAGGGCGAGUAGUUAUGUUAGUGGUGAGGUGGUGGUUGUGGAUGGGGGGUGGAUGGGGAGAUGA